UUUUGAUGUUUUUCAACGCUCACCCUUGCARGGGCGGGACUUCCGUUCGAGACGCYGGAACUUCCGUUCGGGAAAUCAACAUGGAAUACAUGAUGAUUUGGCAGUGAGUGUACAUGAUGAAUCGUCCCAAGCCUACAACGAUCAGGCGGCCUAGUGCUGCAAAGCCCUCAGGUCACCCUCCUCCUGGAGAUUUCAUAGCAUUGGGGUCAAAGAGUGGCGGAGAGUCCAAAGCACCUGCAGUUCUCCUUAAGCCAGRGUCCACCUUACCCACUGACCGUAAACGAGAGACUUCUUCGUCACUUCCAUCCUCCUCUGGUCUGUCCGGCCUCGUGAAGCGCCCCAAGAUCUCCUCUACCCCUCCUGUCAGCGCCCUAGGACGACUGGCUGAUGUGGCAGCAGUGGACAAAAGGGCUAUAUCGCCUUCGAUCAAGGAGCCCUCAGUGGUGCCCAUAGAAAUCCCCCCAGCAGUGCUCCUGGAUGAGAUUGAGAAUGCAGAGCAGGAUGGAAAUGAUGAUCGCAUUGAAGGGMUGCURUGUGGAGCUGUCAAACAYCUGAAGAUGAACCGGGCRAAACCUGACAUAACACUAUACCUCAGCCUCAUGUURCUGGCCAAGAUUAAGCCCAAUCUCUURGCCACUGAAGGKAUUAUUGAGGCCUUGUGCAGUCUCCUUCGCCGGGAUGCCUCCAUCAACUUCAAAGCAAAGGGCAACAGUCUGGUGUCUGUGCUAGCCUGCAACCUGCUGAUGGCAGCCUAUGAGGAGGAUGAGAACUGGCCAGAGAUCUUUGUCAAAGUGUACAUUGAGGACUCUUUGGGGGAGCGAAUUUGGGUAGACAGUUCCCAUUGUAAGAAUUUUGUGGACAAUAUCCAGACUGCCUUCAGUACCAAAAUGCCCCCAAAGAGUAUGCUGCUGCAGUUGCAGCCUGACACUGGCCGCUCCGGUGGAGAUAUCAGUGCAGGGAGCAGUCCUCACCCCUCCACCCCAGAUGAGGAUGACAGCCAGACUGAAUUGCUAAUUGCUGAGGAGAAACUUAGCCCUGAAGAUGAUGGACAAGUUAUGCCAAGGUACGAGGAGCUGUCUGAGAGUGUGGAGGACUAUGUUCUAGAUGUCCUGAAGGACCAGUUGAACCGCAGGCAGCCCAUGGACAAUGUGUCCCGUAACCUGCUGCGUCUGCUCACUGCCACCUGUGGCUACAAGGAGGUGCGGCUUAUGGCUGUGCAGAGGCUGGAGAUGUGGCUGCAGAAUCCAAAGCUGACCCGUCCUCAGGACCUCUUCAUGUCUCUCUGUAUGAACUGCAACUCCCAUGGAGCGGACGACAUGGAGGUGACCUCCAACCUCAUCAAGAUCCGCCUGAAACCUAAAGUCAUCCUCAAUCACUACAUGCUCUGUGUCAGGGAGCUACUGAAUGCACAAGACAACCUGGGAACUAUGGUGAAGCUGGUGAUCUUUAACGAGUUGUCCAGCAGGAACCCCAACAACAUGCAAGUCCUUCACACACUGCUCCAGCACAGCCCAGAGCAGGCCCCUAAGUUCCUGGCCAUGGUGUUCCAGGACCUGCUGACCAAUAAGGAUGAUUACCUGCGUGCCUCUCGUGCGUUGCUGAGAGAGAUCAUCAAACAGACCAAGCACGAGAUCAACUUCCAGUCCUUCUGCCUGGGUCUGAUGCAGGAAAGGAAGGAGGCCACCUACGUCGACAUGGAGUUCAAAGAACGCUUUGUGAUCCAGGUCACAGACCUGCUCACGUGCUCCAUGAUGCUGGGCAUCACAGCUCAGGUCAAGGAGGCUGGCGUUGCAUGGGACAAAGGAGAGAAGAAGAAUCUGGAUGGUCUGAGAUCCUUUCAGAAUAAUAUCGCUGCCAUUCAGAGGGAUGCUGUGUGGUGGCUUCACUCUGUUGUUCCUACUAUUGCCAAAGUGCCAUCCAAGGACUAUAUGUCUCUGGUGCUGACUGAGGGGGGUCUGAAGGAUGGAGAGGAGAGGGACCAGCCCAUGGAGGAGGACUCCAGAGAUGCUGAGCUCCUGCCAGGAUACCAGUGGCUCCUACAGGACCUCCCCAAGCUACCCCUGUUCGACAGCGUCCGGGGAAUGACCUCCACCGCUCUGCAACAGGCCAUCCACAUGGAGACAGACCCACAGACCAUCAGCGCCUACCUCAUCUACCUGUCCCAGCAUGCACCAGUGGAGGAGCAGGCGUCUCACAAUGACCUCGCUCUGGAUGUGGCCCGUCUGAUUGUCGAGCGCUCCACCAUCAUGAACAGCCUGUUCUCCAAGUACUCCUGCCGGCCCGAGUCAGACGCUGUGCUCUCGGCCCUCAUCUCCAUCUUCUCCAGCUACAUCAGGAGGAUGAGGAAGACCAAAGAGGGAGAGGACCUCUACAGCUGGUCAGAAUCUCAGGACCAGGUGUUUCUGCGUUGGACCACAGGGGAGACGGCCACCAUGCACAUCCUGGUGGUCCAUGCCAUGGUCAUUCUCCUGACACUCGGGCCACCCAAAGAGGAGAGUGAUUUCUUCAACCUCCUGGACAUCUGGUUCCCCGACAAGAAACCCCUCCCCACCGCCUUCCUGGUGGACACCUCCGAGGAGGCCCUGCUGCUACCUGAUUGGUUGAAGCUGAGGAUGAUCCGGUCAGAGGUCGCACGAUUGGUGGAUGCAGCGCUGCAGGAUCUGGAGCCCCAGCAGCUGCUGCUGUUUGUCCAGUCGUUUGGCAUCCCCGUGUCCAGUAUGAGUAAACUGCUGCAGUACCUGGACCAGGCCGUAUCCCACGACUCACAGACACUGGAACAGAACAUCAUGGACAAGAACUACAUGGCUCAUCUGGUGGAGGUGCAGCAUGAGCGAGGCGCCACAGGGGGGCACACUUUCCACGGGUUGCUCAGCUCCUCUCUUCCUCCUCGCAGAGAUAGUACUGAGGUGAACAGAGCCAAAGUUACCGUGGAAACUCCUAGUGGCUCCUUGAAGAUGAGAGCCAAUCAGAUCCCAGUGAUUGGGCCUGAGGAUGACCUCACCGGCAUGUUGCUUCAGAUGUUCCCUCUGAAGGUGGACCUCCGCAGGCCCAUCCCCCCUCCCCGUCCCCUCUCCCUGGCCCUGCAGCAGGCUCUGGCACAAGAGCUGGUGCGUGCCAGACAGGGGGGGCACCCCCAGCAGGGUGGGGUGGCAGUGCGUCUCCUACAGGCCCUGGCUGCCCUGCUCAGCACUGCCCAUGCUGGGUCCCUCGUCAUGGCCAUGAACCGCAGCCACGCCCUGUCCUGCCCCAUGCUGCGCCAGCUGCACCUCUACCAGCGGCUGGUGUCGCAGGAUGUGGCCUUCUCAUCUCUCUUCUUCAAGGCUGUCAUGGAGAUGAUGACAUGGUUGGAGAACCCGGCCGUGGAGGCGGGGCCGCUGCGGGCCCUGCUCAAGUCCUUUGCUGGACAGUAUUCCCAGAAGCACCGGCUCACUGAUGUUCGUACAGGCUUCCUCCACCUGGCUGAGGCCCUGGCUUAUCGGAGGGACUCCGAGGUGGCCGUGAGGGCUAUAAUCGCCACACUGAAGGCAGGGGAGAGAUGUAACGCAGAGCCGGAACUGAUAGGCAAAGUGUUACAGGGGCUAGUGGAGGGGAAGUCUCCAUAUUUGGAGGAACUMCUGGCCUUGCUAAUGACUAUUGGAACAGAGACGGGGACCGGCUCUACCACCGCAGGCCCUGUUGCCAUGGUGAUAGCGCUGCUUCUCCAGGAGACUGAAGAGCAAGCUGUGAAAAUGGAGGUGGAUACAAACAACAGCAGCUCUGAGGUGACAAAGACCGGGUCCAGCUCAGGGCUGCUUGUUGAUUGGCUUGGACUUCUUGACCCUGAGGUCACAUCUGUGUGUCCCGACCUUCAGCGGAAGCUGCUCUUUGCUCUCAACAAGGGUAAAGGAACUCCCUCCUACAGACCAUACCUUCUGGCAUUGCUGACCCAUCAGUCCAACUGGACAACUCUUCAUCAGUGCAUCAGUGCUCUUCUCAGCAAGCAGCAAGACCAYCGACUGGACCCGUCUUCUGCUCUGGACUUCCUGUGGGCCUGCAGUCACAUCCCUCGUAUCUGGCAGGGCCGGGACCAAAAGACCCCACAGAAACAGACAGAUACGUUUGUCCUGCGGUUGAACCCGGAGGAGCUUAUCAGUCUGGUGGACCUCAUCAUGUCAGAGUCUGAGCUCAACAGCCGCGGCGACUCCUCCCCCCCUGCCAACGCCGCCGUCAAUGCCAAGAGCACCCUGGACCACACCUCCUGCUCCCUCAUCCAGUCACGGCUGCCCCUGCUCCACAGCUGUUGCCAUGGCGACCUGGAGAGAGUGAAGAAAGUCUCGGAAUACCUCAUCAACUGCACAAAGAAAUGGGGAGACAGUGUGAUGAGUAAGCGGUGCCAGAACCUCCUGCUCCAGCUCUACCUGCACUUCCCAGAGGUCAUCCAGCACGUGACCUUACCUGACGCCACCCUGAGCAGCGAGGGGGCCGCCGACGGCACCACAUGCAAGCACGACGUCCUGGUUCACCGUCUGGUCACGUUGCUAGGCGAUACGGGAGACACAAAGUCGGCUGAGAACCGGAUGUCAGACGCUAACCUGGCCUGCAGGAAGCUGGCUGUGUCCCACCCUGUCCUCCUCCUCAGACACUUGCCGAUGAUCGGAGCGCUUCUCCACGGACGCAUCCACCUCAACUUCCAGGAGUUCCGGAGCCAGAACCACCUGACAUUCUUCAGCAACGUGCUGGCCAUCCUGGAGCUGCUGCAGCCGUUAGUGUUCCACGGUGAACACCAGAGGGCGCUGCAGGACUGCCUGCUCUCCUUCAUGAAGAUCCUGCAGAACCUCAGGAGACCUCGUAUGCAUCCGUUGGCCGUCUUCAGUAAAUAUGUGCAGUUCAUUCAGAAGUACAUUACCCACGAUGCAGCAUCAGCCAUUCCCUAUCUACAGAAGCAUUCCGAUAUCCUACAGGGGCUCUCGUCAGAGCACCCUGACCUGCUGCUCAAGUCCCUGCUGGCUGGCCUCACCCUGCCUGUGAAGACUGGCUCCUCUGACAGCUCUGCAGAGGACAGAGAUGAUGAGUCGUCCUCUGGUUCCCUGCCCAUGGUCAGUAUCUCAGCCUCCGUUCCYCUGACUGCAGCUGACAUGACCAAGUACCUGAAGAAGAURUCCAGGGGAGAAGCCAUCGAAGACGUGCUGGAAGUUCUGACCGAGGUGGAGGACAAGUCCAAGAGGAAUCCUGAGAUCAUCCAGUACUUCACUAAUGACCUGCGGAGACUGAUGAGUUCUACUGAGGAGUUGUGCCGUAACAUGGCCUUCAGCCUGGCCCUGCGCUGCAUCCAGAACAACCCGUGCACUGCAGCAGACUUCCUGCCCACCUUCAUGUACUGUAUGGGCAGCGGGAACUUUGACGUGGUGCAGACAGCGCUUAGGAACCUGCCAGAAUACGUGCUGCUCUGUCAAGAGCAUGCAGACAUCUUACUCCACAAGGCCUUCUUGGUGGGGAUCUAUGGGCAGAUUGACACCAGCUCUAUGAUCUCUGAGUCCAUGAAGGUCCUGCACAUGGAGGCAACAACAUGAGGACCCGGAGGUACAAGUCCUUCUCCUCUGACGGGAGGCAGUGUCACCAUAACGUUUUUGUACAGUAGAUUUAGACUUGUGUCAUAUACAACUGCUCUGUUCUUUUUAUCCAUUUGGUCAACUCAUCAGGAUUUAUGGAUUGAUACGAACUGAUUCUUUGAUUCGAAGGUAAUAUCGAAGUAUUCAAAAGAUGGUGAAAUAUGAUUAUUGUAAAAAAGAAAUAAAAAUGUCACUCAUGCUUG